CGGGCUGGCUGGCUGAUGGUGUUCUCGCGAACAUUGAGGAGGUAGAUUGAGCAACGUCUGAGGUGUCCGUCAGCUCGUGCAGUUUUUCCAGCGGCUUUGGGGACGGGGAGCCGGAAGGCUUCACUGCGUUGGGUUUGUAGGAGGAAGAUUUGCUCUUGGCCCAGUAAACUCACUCCAGUAAGCUGGAUGUGUUCUUCUGAGCUUGAUCCUUCUGACUGGCUGCCUGAAGUUUGUAGCUCCAAAAGAAUUCAGAUCCUGUUGUGGGAGAGAGGAUGUCAAACGACACUUACGUGAAGGAUAUCAAAGCAGGUUUGAAAAACCUGAAUCUCCUGUUCAUUGUCCUGGAAAUAGGACGAGUGACCAAAACAAAAGACGGACAUGAAGUCAGGACGUGUAAGGUGGCUGAUAAAACUGGCAGCAUCAACAUAUCGGUGUGGGAUGAUGUGGGAAGUCUGAUUCAGGCUGGAGAUAUCAUUCGAUUGACCAGAGGGUAUGCCUCCAUUUGGAAAGGAUGUCUGACGCUCUACACAGGGAGAGGAGGGGACCUUCAGAAAGUUGGAGAGUAAGUUCUGUGCCUUGAUGU